UGUCAUUUUGUAAUCUGUGCACAGCUCUGUCAUUUUGUAAUCUGUGCACAGCUCUGUCAAGUUCUGAUCUGUGGAGCUGACACUCUAAUCUGCACACAGCACUCUCAACUUCUGAUCUGUGGAGCUGACACUCUAAUCUGCACACAGCACUCUCAACUUCUGAUCUGUGGAGAUGACACUCUAAUCUGCACACAGCGCUCUCAACUUCUGAUCGGAGGAGUUGACACUCUAAUCUGCACACGGCUCGUCAAAUUCUGAUCUGUAGAGCUGGCACUCUAAUCUGCACACAACGCUCUCAAGUUCUGAUCUUUGGAGCUGAAACUCUAACCUGCACACAGCGCUCUCAAGUUCUGAUCUGUGAAGCUGAUAUUCUAAUCUGCACACAGCGCUCUCAAGUUCUGAUCUGUGGAGCUGACACUCUAAUCUGCACACAGCGCUCUCAAGUUCUGAUCUGUGGAGCUGACACUCUAAUCUGCACACAGCUCUCUUUAGUUCUGGCCUGCAGAGCUGACACUUUAAUCUACACACAGCGCUCUCUGAAUCAGUCUCUAACUGCAGACAGCACUUUAGGACUUUGGCCUGAAGAGCUGAAACUCUAAGAACUGCGUGACCCUGCCUGCAAAGAGAAUUCGUUUGAUUGAUUAACCCAUCUUUAUAUUUGUUAUUUCUCUGUGACUCUCGGACAAGCGAUGGCGAUGGUCACAGGCCUCAUUCCAAUUCUCCGUACAGCUCUGGAGGCCACAACAGACUACACUGGAAGGACCAUGUGGUUUGGUUUUGCUGUUGUCAGGCUACUUGCCCUCUAUGUGUCCGAGCUACCAUGGGGUAAACUAGACCAGGAUUUUGAUUGUCGUGGAAAUGACACCUCAGAUUUUUGUCGGAAGUCCUGUUUCAGUAGACACUUUAAUGUCCCAGUGGUCUCACUGUGGAAUGCCUGUUAUGUUUAUUUUGUGGCUUCUGUACUCCUCAUGGAACUCUUUACUUCCCAGCUCAGGCACAAUCUAAUGAAGGCAGCCACGAGAAAGAAAAACGUCCAGGGUGAGGCGACACUAACAGGAGCAUGGUCUACAGAACUUGCUCACAAGGACUUGAUUUUAGACUUCCACCAUCAGAAGAUACUUCUUUUACUCUACUUAGGUUGUAUCUUCCUACGAUUGAUGGGAGAAUUGAUUUUCCUCUACUUUCUGCUCUAUUGGCAUCUGCCGCUGGUAUCUGAUGGUCCGUUCUUUUGUGACACAGACCUGUGCCCAGGGCCCAUCACAUGCCUGUUAAGAUUCCCAGCGGAAAAGAGAAUGUCUCUUUAUCUUCUGGGUUCUCUAUCUCUGACUCUGUCUUUAGUGUGUAUUAUUUUUGGACUCUACAGUGGAUGCCACUAUCUAUCCAUAAAGCGCUGUCACCAAGAGGCACCAGUAUCAUUAUGACAUAAAACUGAAAUCCAUGUAACAUAGUUACAUGACAUCUAGUGUAGCUAUAAGAACGGUCAAUGUUUACAUGAAGUUAUACCACUAUGGCCAUUUUUUUAAAUUAACCUCUUACUAACUAGAGAGGACUGCAAAACAUUGUGUGGUCAUGUCUGGCAGCCAAUGGGAUACAUUUGUGCUCACUCCUGUGGAGUUACAAAUGAGUCAGCACUGAUUGGCUAAAAUGCAUGUCUAUCAAAAGAAAUUAAAUAUAGAGGAUGUCUGUAGAGGCUUAGUAAUCACAGAGGUAAAAAGUAUAUUAAUAUAAUGGUGUUGGUUGUGCAAAACUGGGGAAUGGGUAAUAAAGGGAUUAUUUAUCUUUUUAACAAUAAAAAAUCUGGAGUAGAUCGCCCCUUUAAAUUCAAACAUGGCAGCGCUCAUUACUUUAUAAAAACUCAGUGGAGUUUAGAAAACCAACAGUUUUCAGAGGUAAUUUACAGGAAAAGGGGACAAAGUAAAUAACUAAAGUAUGCUGAAAAGUGUUUUUAACUUUAUAGAAACAAAAGUACUUAGUUAAACUGUUAAUUCCUAGUGUGUAGAUGCUAUACCAUCUCAUAACCCUAUUUAUACACUAAACAUCGCUGCACAAUGUGAAAACUCAUAUACUCACAUCACUGUAUAGAUACAGCUUUAAAACUUUGGAAUUGGGAACCAAUUUCAUGUGAAAAUUUGCACCUAAAUAUGUUUUGUAUUAUUUAUUUUUUUUAAACACAAAAUUAUUGAAACCAUAAAAUGCUUAAAGGGAUUUGGAAGUCAAAAUUAAACUUUCAUGAUUCAGACAGUA